CCAUCAACUUCCCUGGAGUAAUUGUGACAGAAUGCCUGAAAUACCCACAUUGGACAACAUUUAACAACGGGAACCGUGAAGCGGCUCCAGAAAGUGAACGUAAUGAUAUCGGUCACUUUGUGCAGGCUCAUCUGAAAGAUAUUGGAUACUGUACAUAUAUCUGAAGCAUAUUUCAAUGCCAUCCUCCUGGCGGGAAAGGUUUCAACCAGCUAGUUUCUUUGAAAAUGAGCACUCCUAAUCUACCAAAUGGUACUAUCAGAUCUGGUUUACCUUUUGAGCUAUGUCGUUCUGACUACUCCCUCCCGAUACCGGUCAUAUCACAAGCAUCAUCCUUAGUUUCCGUUCCUAGAAAUGUAUUUAAUGCUUAUCCAUCAACUGCACAAUCCAGAGGCAGUAAUGUCCUACAGAAACCUACCGUCAGUAAUUCAACGUCAAAUUUCCCUUUAGUCACUACAAGUAACAUUGCUCAGUCAAAUGCCAACGCUUUCGCAAAUUACCCAGCAUUUAACAGUAUUUUUCAAACACUUUUACGUGGAACAAAUCCAUCUCAAGUUACCAUUUCUCCCCCAAAUGUCUCAGGUUAUGUUAAUACAGUGGCAGGACCGAAUGGGAAUCUGUUCACUAGUUUUCGACCUACGCAACUAUCUUAUCAGCCGAAUAUUCGCAUCACUGCGCCUGGGAUUAGUUCGUCUGGAUCCACUCAUGGCUCAGUAAACUCAGUUGCAUUGAGGUCAACAAACUGUACCACACGUAACAAUAUCAACUCCACAUCGACAUGUACAACCACGGCCACUACAACUUGUAAUUCACUGACUACCAGUCGUACAGUCAAUCCAUCCGUGGAAUCAUUAUUUGUGUCGAGUAAUUUUGUUUCAGUUUCUGACUCAAUCAAUCGCACACGAAAAUUGGGUGCCGCGGCUUUUGUUCGAUGGGCAGAAGCGUGUACACAGUCGUUCAGAAAGGAGCGGAUUUCUGUUUGGCCUCGAUGCAAAGCCGAUUCAGAUGCAUUGCAUGAAAUGAACUGGAUUAUUUCUCCACCUGGUCUUUUAGGCAUUUAUUCUGAAUCUCCUUUUUUACGACCUGUAGUACUACUGCGCCGUGUUCAGUUUACUGCUCCUGGAAAUGUCAAUCCAAAUAUACCGGAUACUGAUAAUAUGGUCCGUUCUCUGCGUGAAAUGGCUGAUGCUAAAGUAACAAAGUAUCCAGGUUUCGCUCCACAAUUUCCACCUUCCGCAGCUUCUGUAGGUUUCACAACAGACUACAUGACCUAUGUAUUUACCUUAGAAUUGGAGCGUCAAGUUGUCAAACUACUACGUCCUAAGACUGGUGAUCAUUCUGAAUGGAGAGUAGUACUAAGGCUAGGUUGGGCGACGACGGAUUUCUAUGUUCCAAGCAAUGUGUCCUCCAAUGCUGCGUCACAUCGAGCCCUUGUCUUGGAGUCAUUACCUCGUUGCCUUUCUAUUCGUGUCUCCGGUCGACCCGUACCCUUACCUGACCCCAUUUUUCAUGGUGGUCAGGCUCAACGUCUUGGAAAGCGCCUUCGUCUAUCAAUUGAUAUAACAGACAAAGUACUCAUGAAGUGUGGUUCUGCAGUUAGAAACAGAGUUGUCGAUAUUGAAUUAACCUGGUUGCAUGCACCAUUGGAAGAUCAAUCUGUAGGACUCUUAAACUUGGUUGCUGAUGGACUGGUUUCUCCAUUGUUAUGUCAUCUGAUUGGGUUGCCUCUAGUUCAAGUUACACUUGAUCGAGCUUAUUCAGUUUCAGAUCUUCGAAAUACCUUUAAUUUAGAAAAUCCAGAGGCCUACAAAAAUUUCAUCAAUGGACCACUCUUAGAUCCUAUUGAAUUUCCAUCAUUAACAGUAAAUGCAGAUGGUUCAGGAACUUUAGAAGAUCAUGGGGUUUUCGGGGCUUAUGACAAUUGUUUGCCACCGGCAUUCUCACUUCCUGCUGAUAAUACAAAACACGAACUGAAAUCUCGGCUUCAAAAAUCGUCUAACGAUAGUGAUUUAUGUUUUGAAGAUGGUGACGUUGAGCUUGCUGACUACAUCCCUGUGUGCUUAUUGUGUCCACUAACUCGAACAAGAAUCGAUCUUCCUGUACGAUCGUUCAACUGUUCACAUCUUCAGUGUUUUGAUUUACACUCAUAUUUAACAAUCAAUAUGCGAAGACCUCGUUGGUCUUGCCCUAUUUGUAGUAUCUCUGCACCAUUUCGUGACUUAAGAGUAGAUGAAUUUUUUAUGAGUAUUUUGAAGAAUCCUCGUAGUGUUGACGUUGAAUUUGUUCAGUUGGAUGCAAAUGGUGAUUGGCAUUUAAAUAAUCCUAAUGACGUUAGUCCAAAUAGUUCUUUCAUCACGGAAUCUAAUCAAUUAAAAAUUGAACAAAAAAAUGUUGAAAAUGUAAAGGCCCUUAUUACAUUAAAAAAUCUUGAAGCACCUAAUGAAGGAGCCAAAGUGACUACUGAUAAAUUGAAUGAAUCCGAAAGAAACACUGUUGAUAUAAACAAUACAUAUAUGGAAACGGCAGAACAAGUAACUAAAGUUAAUCACAACAAUACUACUAGUAAUAAUGACAAUUGUCAGCUAGAACCUGAGGUAAUUAUCUUAAGUGAUGAUGAUGAAUAUGAUACUAAUAAUAAUGAUACAAAGGAGACGGAGACAAAUGUCCAAAAUGGCAGUAAUGAUAAAAGUGUCAUUCAGUGUCCACAAAAUGUUGAUAAGCUUAAAACCACUUGUAAUAACGGUCAAAAGGAUGAUAUAAAUAAUGGUUUUCCAUGUUUAAAAGAAAAAAGUACUAUCUCAAGUAAUACGCAGUCUACACGAACUUUCACGCUUGAAAUUGAUCUGACAAAUGAUGAUUCAGAUUCUUCUUCACUUUUUGAACCAAAUAACAGAAUAUUGGAGACCCCUUUUACUACUGAUCAUACUGUUCCGACAAAUGACAUUCAGCAGUCGGAUCUUUCAUCUGACUUUAUUCGCACAAGAGAUGAAAUUCGAUUUGGCAAUAAAGGUCCGUUAGUAGUGAUUAGCCCGUUACAGUCUGUAAGUAUUCCUCAUUCUUUGUCUGGCUCAACCGAAGAAAAUGAUUUAAAUUCCCAUUUAGAUGAAUUUAACGCUAUACGUAAUGAAUUGACUAUGGAUCCUAAGCAGAUCUCACGUGCAGACAGUAAUUGGCCUCCAGAACUUGUGCAAACUAUGUUGAGAACCUCUAAUAGUUCCGUUAACAAUAUAAAUCAGUAUGAUAUCAAUGGUUCUAAAUCUGCUUUCUAUCAACGACUAUUGGAAGUAACUGCUCAUCGAGUGAAUCAAACAAUGCUUAAGAAAAAUUCACAUAUCCCCUUAAGAGAUAAUGAAAGAUUGUUAUAUAACAAGGCAUUAUCUCUUGCUUUUGAUGGUGGUGGGUCUAAGAGGAAAGGAAACUCAACUAGACCUAAUAAUAACAAGGUUAAUAGUAAACCAAAAACAUCUAAAAAGGUACUAACAUCCGAUUCUGAAGGUGAGUCUUCAUGUUGUGAUAAUAAACUGUUCAGCCGUGUUUUUAUUAAUGUAGGGGGUUGUAUCGGCAACAUCGGUCAAACUGUUCUACCGUCUAUGGCUUGUGACGACUGAUCCACCUAGCAUGGUAGAAGUCCUCAAGGAACCCCAACUCUUGAAGCGCUACAUAUCACCAGACACAGACGACUUACCUCCAGUCCUAACUAAGGAUGGUGGUGACUUCCUGAGUUUUUUUUUUACAAAGGUUUGGCAGUUAGAGAGUGUUCCAACAUCACAAAAUGAGUCGAUAGUUGUCCCUAUCUUUAAAAAGGGUUCACACCUUUUCUGCAAAAACGAUUGGGGGAUGAGUCUGCUCCCGAUUGGGUCCAAACUAUUGACUUCCGUCAUACUUCGUAGAUUGUUCAAAACACGAAAAAGAUUGACUCGCGAGGAGCGGGCCGGUUUUCUUUCUGAUCGAGGAUGUGCUGAUCAUAUUUUCACCCUCUGCCAAGUGUUAGAACACCGUCAUACUUAUUACAGGCCAAUAAUCGUCCUGUUUUUUGAUAGUAGGGACGUCUUCGAUUGAUUGAACAGGACUGUUCUUUGGGAUUGUCUAAUGAAGAAGGGUGUGCCUGUGAAGUUUAUUAACAUCUUGAAAACCCUAUAUACAAACACAUCAGGCAGAGUAAGGGUAUGCGACCACCUCUCUUCAUUGUCCUAUUCAGUUGUGGGGUUAGGCAGGAUUGCUCAAACUCACCAUUCCUCUUCAACUUCGCUGUCGAUGACAUUUUGGAAACAGCUUUGAUGGGUGUAGGGAAUCGUGGCGCAUAUAUAUCUGGUGCCCCCUUGUACCAAUUAGUGUCACUAUCUUGAAACAUCGAGUUCAAUAGCUUGGACAUGAACUACUGUUAUAACACUCGAGUUUUCUCUGUCUUUACGAAUGAGACGUUAAUUGACCUUAGACGAAUAUCUGCACUAGAUUCCCAUCCAUUGUCUAUUCUACAGAACUUUAACACAACUCACACCAAAAGCACGUGAUUAGCCUGACUAGAACGUAAAUAUAUUUCACACCAAAAACCGACACAAUUCAACCCAAUAGAUCAUUAAUAAUAAUAAGGACAGGAGAAUAUAUAACUCAUGUAACGCCUGUCAAACUAUCUACUAGUCUGACUAAGCAAGUCAGUCAGUCAGUAUCAACGUCGAACUUCGUACGUACGUACAUCAGUUCGAGUUGCCACACCACAUUAGCACAGAGAUGCAGUGGUCAAUUCAAAUCCCGCAGUGGUAGAGGUAAUAAGAGUAUAAGCAGUAAUCGGGAAGAUUAGUGUUUGGAGAUGUUACUUAAAGAGUAUAAUACAGUGAAAUAAAUUUGGGAAGAGAAAAAAAAGAGAUAAGGAGGAAUGAGGAGAUCAAAAUUUGGGAGAACACAAAGAGUGGAUGCACCUGCGCCAUUGCAAACGAUUUCGAGCCAUGUCAUUCAGGUCUCUAACCAUCGGUUGCUAUCAUCUCGCGGUCCCCAACCAGGUAAGCAAACAACUAAUCAUUAUCACUCUCGUCCACACCUACGAAUGUUGUCCCAGAGAGUUCCACGUCUUAAAUUGUUUACCGACGCUGGGACUGGUUGGAAAAAGCCGAAGGAUGGUCAGUGUAUGGCAAGGUUGUACAAGACUGGCUUCUGCUAAUCCUUCAUGACUCCCUGGUCGGAGUUCUAGAGAUGGUGCGACCCAGCGACUAGAGACGUUAUCAGAUAUGACUCAGAAUAAAAGCCAUUAGCGAUCCUUCUGUAACUUUAUUUUACUUUCUUCGUAAAUGUGACUUUUUUAACUGAAGGAAUUCUUUCUGGUCGUAUUUUUCCUAACUGAACUGUUUCUCCCAUUAUUAUUAUUAUUAUUAUUAU